AUGGAUCCGGCCGUCCAGGCCAUGGCAGAUCGCGUGGAGGCGGCGCUCGCGCUCGUCUGCGACCCCGCAUUGCGCACCGCUGCUCGCCGCCGGGAAGGCGCCUCAACAACACGGCGCCUGCUCUUUAUAGCAACCACAGGAAUUGAAACGGCAUGCGCGGCGCUGCCGCAGGGGCUGCUGCUGCGGCCCGCGGCCAUCGCAUCUCUCCGGGCAAUAAUGGUUGACGAGUCAGCCAGCAUCCUGGAGUCAGACCUGGCAAUCGCCACCUGCACCUGCUUCCUCAAGGCGCCCAGCUGCUUGCGCCAGAUGGCGGACGCGGGUUACGCCCAGGCUCUCAUGCGUUUGGCAGCGCGCGGCGCCUGCAGCGGCACGCCGCUCGGCCAGGCGUGCUUAGUCAUGCACGCCCUGUGCAUGUGCAGCCCCUCAGUGAGGCGCGACCUCCUCAUGAUGCCUGAGGACGCGGCCGGCGUCCUCAUCUCCGCGGCAAAGGCCCCGAGGAUACAGCAGCGCGCGGGAGUGGGCGGGCCGCUGCUGAUGCUUGGGGUGCUGUCGCGCGAUCGUCGGGAGCACGGCAGCGGGGACAGCUCGGCGGCGACGGCCGCGGAGGCGGCAGCAGCCGCGGAGGUUGCGGAGAGAAUAGCGGGGGACAGCGCUUUGAUGGAGGUCGUGCGCCGCCACCUGGCCGGCAACGGCGGCAUGUUCGAGCCAGCGUUGCGGCUGGUCGAGUCCUUGCUGAGCCACCACGCGCGCCGCCGCCCGCGGGAGGCCGCCGCUGCCGCGCUCGGCGACGGGUCGUCCGUGCUGCGCUGCGGCGGCGGGGUGCGGCUGGGCGACCCUCAUUUGGAGAACAGGAUCUCGGUGCUGGCGCCGCUCCUGGCCACGUGCGGCGAUGUACAGCGCGCGGCCGUGGCAGAUGCUGUAGUCAAGCACGGCUUCAUCGGACACCUGCUCAGGGCGCUGACCGACCCAAGCUUCAACAUCAAGUGCAAAGCCAUCUCCGUGCUUGUCGAGCUCUGCGACUGCCCCCUCUCCUGCGCGGCCGUCUGCGCGCACCCGGCGGCGCUCGCCUCGCUCGCCGGCGCGAUGCGCGCCGCCGGCGCGGCGGUGGGCGCCGCGGGCGGCGACGAGGCGCGCGGGUUUGCGUCGCUCGCGAACGACGCGCUGCUGGGGAUCCGCCUCCUGAUCGCGCACAGCGCCGCCGCAGGGGACGCGUUUGCCGCGAUGGCGCUGGCCCCGUCUGGCUCGGGCAUCUUAGAUGAGGUCGCGCGGCAGCUGGCGACGCCCGUACUGCACCCGCACCCACGCCUCGGCGCCCGUCGCUACCUGCGAGUGCUGUACGCCGCCGCCACCGCCCUCGACGCCAUCACGCGCGCCGCGCGCGGCGGCGGCCGGCUCGCGGCGCUGCGGACGAGGCGACCGCUUGUGCGCGGGGCAGCCCAGGCGCUGGUGCGGGUCGCGGAUGACUUUCGCAGGGACGAGCACCCGCGUGGCGGGGGCCCGCCAGAGCAGAACGAGGAUUGGGUAUUGGACGCGGCCGAAAUGCUCUUGGCCGCGCUGGACCGCCUCACGGACGCCACCGCAGACGACGGCGGCGCCGACGCCGCGCUCGGGGCGCUGCGUGAGAGCGGGCCCGAGGCGCUCCAGACUUUCACGGACGCGGCGGUGCGCGCCGCCGGCGCGCUCCUGGCUGUGCGGUCAGACGGCGGCCCGGGCGCGGAGGCGUAUGAGCAGAGGCUACUGCAAGACGAGGCGUUGGCGGCUGAUAUGCCUUUGCGCUUGGCAAUGCGCUUCGAGGAUCUGCAGCAGCAGCAGCAGCAGCAGCAGGAGCAGCCUCACGGCUUGGCUGGGAGCACCAUCAGCAACGGCUGCGGGCGGCGCGGUCGCGCGGCAGGCGCGGCACCCUCAGCAGCGGGUGCGGCAGCAGUUUCGGGCCGUGAGCGGCGGGGAACGGGGUCCUCCAGCAGCGGCAGCCACGCUCUGCCAGUCAUUGGCGAAAGGUCCGGGCAGGGGCUUGGGCGCGCAGGCGGCGAUAGGUGCGCGGCGUGCGGCAAGACGCCCGCGGACGGCGUGCGGCUGCGCUUGUGCCGCGGCUGCCGCUCGGUGCGCUACUGCAGCCUGGCGUGCAUGCGCAGCGCCUGGCCCGGCCACCGCCAGGCAUGCCAAGAGAGGCAGGCAGCAGCCAGCGCGGCUGCCGCACCACAGACUGUUUGA